AUGAAGCCUCUCCUCUACUGCCCCCAUCCCUCUCCUCAGAGUCAGAUGCCUUCAUUCACACUCGGCGCAGAGUGGAGAGCAUGUACGUGCCUCUUUAAGCCUCACGCGGUCAGAGUUGUUUACCUCUUCACCACAUGUGACGUCACGACACACCCCUGCUCCGUUGGGCGGGGCAGCGCGUCUCGAUGGGGAAAAGUUGAGUUGAGGAUUAACGCAGCCAGGGAUAAACAGAAGAAAGGUUUCACCACUGGGACGCUGACAAGAGCAUGGUAA